AUGGCAUCACCACCAUCCUACACCGCCACAGCCGACCCCAGACGGGAGAGGCUACCGCCAUACAAAGCGUCGCACGGCUUCGCCAACAGUCAAGAAGAGCUUGCCGCGCUCAAAGAAUUCGCCGAGUCCAAGCUAUUCGUCGAUGCUGGGUCCAAUGGCAUGUUACCGGAUCUUCGUGGGGGAGCGGGAGGACUACAGUCUCUCACGUGGGGAGGGCCGAUGGGUUCCCGGAAUCCUUAUUGGGAGGUUGGGUGGCCUGAGCCGGAGAGCAAGGAAGAGCGCAAGAGGCGAAAGCAGCAGGAGAAGCAGAGGAAGAAGGAGGAGAAGGAGAGGGAUAAGGAGAAAGAACACGAGAGAAGAGGAAGCGUCGCCGAGAGGCUGAUGAGGGUCAUCAGUCGAGGCAGCAGUAAAGAUGGAGACACGGUUUCUUGA